AUGGCGAUUUACUCCCAUUUUCCUGGACAACAGGCCCGCCAGCGAAAGGAGAAACAAAGCUCGCCCAAACUCCUAUUCGUUGCGUUUGAUGGGACGUGGCACGGUAGCGUCAAAAGCUCAAAGGAGACUGUGGUUUCCAGCCUACCCGAUCUCAUCUCGAAGGGCGAGCACAUUCGGAAGAUUCGUGUCAACGGAGUAGGCACUGAUGGUUUGACAGACAAGAUUCUCGGUGGUCUUGGUGGUUGGGGUACACGUCGGAAUGUCAUCACAGCCUAUAGGAACAUCGCCGAUGAUUACAACAAAGGUGAUAGGAUCAUCUUUUGUGGCUACUCUCGAGGGGCAUGGGCGGCUCGUUAUCUUGCAAUGAUAAUUGACUGUCUAGGUCUUGUUCGCGAUGGCGACACGGAGUUCUUCAAGCGCUUGUAUGACGUAUGUAAGAAAGAUCCAUAUCUUGCCGAGGCCAACAAGGAUGAGUUACGACUCAAUUACAACUUUUGGGAUGACAUUCAAAUCGAUGCACUUUGCUGUUUUGAUACUGUUGGUUCGCUGGGCAUCCCACUGUUUGGUAUUGCAAAGCCACUAUCCUAUCUUCACCGAAGCAAGUAUAAAACCAAGGUCAUAGACCAUGUUCGAAAUAAUGUGAAAUAUUCCUUCCAUGCUCUGGCGCUACACGAGACUAGAAGUCCUUAUAGUCCAACUUACAUGUGCGGACACAACGUCCACCAGGUCUUCUUCCUAGGCGAUCAUGGUAACAUGGGUAAGCUUGGACAACAAGAAGGCCUUGUGCAUGCCCCUCUCGCUUGGAUGGUUCAACAACUAUCUUCCCACCUGAGUGUUUCCUUCGAUGAAGAUAAACUCAAAAAGCGCUUCCCAAGCUACACCUCUGAACGGCAAACUGAGGCGAUGUCUCGACAAGCUACCCAUGACACCACUCACGAAGCCAUGAUGAAGCAUGCCUGGUGCUGCCCGAGCGGUUCUAUCCCUGGAGCCGGAGCCGGCAGGCUAGUCAUCAUGGGUAGAAAAGAUCGGAACCCAGGAAUGGUUCUCAACUACUGCGACACCGAUUGUACUGAUUCCAGUACAGGCGAAUCAGCUCAGCAUGAAACUACUUCAGCUCAUGCCCAGAUACAUAUUGGCGCUCGUGGAAGACAAGAAUGUGGCUUUACCGAUGCAGUGCCAGGGUAUGUUGGCGUUCAGCCUAUGGAUCCGAAGCAAGUGUUUUUCUGGAAGAGAAAAGCGACGGAUGAGCUGGAAGUUGAGUCUGCGGAUAUCAUUCAGGAGGCAAAGGUUGGAUACUUGGAGGCGAGGCUCUUGGGACUUCCUGCGGCGGCAGCUAGUCAUCCGGAAUGCUGUGGCCUGAACCAGAUACGAGAAGAGGAUGUUGAUGCUGAAGUCUCAGCUGAGAAUGAAGAUACAUGGGACUCAAAUUUGAAGCAAGCUAGAGUUCGUAACGGCCCAGUGACCUACCCUGAACCUAAGCAGUCACCAUCACAACGACGAUUACGAUCUUGA